AUGGGUACGUUUCGCGGUGUACACUUGGCGGAUUUUUCCCCACAUGCUCCCCGUAGGCGCGAUUUUUUCCCUCUACCCUCCGCUUCCGCCUCUCGUUCCUGCCCUACCCCCACUUGCUCCCUCCCCGAGGCCCCCUUGCUCAAUUCACCGCCCCUGCCCGCGAUUCCCGCUUCCGCCUCUUCUCUGUCUUCCCCGCCUUCCGCCGAUUCCCCCAUGCGCAGGGACUGGCGGGAUGCGGUGGUGGCGGAGGAGCGGGAUGCGGGGGGCGCAGGGGGAGAGGCGUUCUGGCGGAAGGUGUUUGAGCGGACGUUUGGGGAAAGGGCUGCGCACUGGAGCAGGGCGGAACAGCCACGCGGAGAGGGGAAAGGAGGGGAAGUGCGGGAGGGGAAAGGGGAGGGGGAAGGGGCAGGGGAAGGGGAAAGGGAGGGAGUGAGUGAGAGCGGUGUGUGGAGAGGAGGUUUAGAGAGAGAGUGGAGGUGGGGAGGAAUUGGAGAGUGGAGCCUGGGGGACCCCCCCCUGGGUCCUGAUUCAUGUUCUCGAGCUGUCACUGCAGAUGCUUGUAACGAGGAUCGCUGGUGUGCUUGUAACGAGGAUAUCUGGUGUGCUUGUAACGAGGAUGGGUCGAGGCUGGUGGCGAGUGCGGCAGAGGACGGAUCGGUGUGUGUGUGGAGCCUGCCCCGCUGGCCCACAAGGGGGGAUGGUAGCUCAACGCCACAAGCGCUACAAGCAGGGGCAAAUGUAAGAGAAGCAGGGUCGGAAGUGGUACCAGCAGGGUCGGAAGUGGUACCAGCAGGGUCGGAAGUGGUACCAGCAGGGUCGGAAGUGGUACCAGCAGGGUCGGAAGUGGUACCAGCAGGGUCGGAAGUGGUACCAGCAGGGUCGGAAGUGGUACCAGCAGGGUCGGAAGUGGUACCAGCAGGGUCGGAGGUGGUACCAGCAGGGUUCCAAGUGGUGCAAGAAGGUUCAGCUGAGGCACUGCUAGCAGGAAGCACUUCAGAGCGCCGAGGAUUCGGAGGGACGUGCGUUGCCAUCGUGCCUUGUGCAGCCCCCUGGUGCUCGCUCUGGUUCGUGCAGGGGGCGAUGGGCGAGCAGCAGCUGUGGCAGGACCUGGAGAGGGUGGGAAGGGGCGAGGGGAAUACGGAGGGAGGAGAGGGAGGAGCGGGAGGGGAGGGAGGGGAGGGCGAGGAGGGAGAGGGGGAGCAGGUGCGGUGGAGGCCGCGGAAAGGCAAGCGAGGGCCACGGGAGUGGUGGGAGGGUGGGGUUGUUACCGAGCGUCGCACGUGCAAGGGAGAGACGCCAUGCCCUCGGCCUCGGUAUUUGCUGGUGGAGGGGCGGGAUGGGGGCACAGACAUAUUCUCAUCUUACAGCAUGCGCCUGUGGGACUUGGGCUCUGCUGGCUUUUUCUGCACAUCCCCCACUCUCACAUCCCCCACUCUCACCUCCCCCACUCUCACCUCCCCCACUCUCACCUCCCCCACUCUCACCUCCCCCACUCUCACCUCCCCACAGACCGUACAAGGUGGCUUCCCUGGAGUCUUCGCGCGCCUGUGGGACGUGGAUGCUUCUGCUGUCGCUGCCCUGCUCUCCCAGGUGCGGCCUACACUCCCAGGUGCGCCCUACACUCCCACACUCCCAGGUGCGCCCUACACUCCUGCUCUCCCACAUGCACCCUCCUCCCUCACGUGCGUAUCCUCCCCUAACAGGUGUGCCCUCCCCCCCUACCUGCGCCCUCCCUGCCACAGAUGCGCCCUCCCCCGAACAGGUGCGCCCCCUCCCCAACAGGUGUGUUCUCCCCCCAACAAGUGCUCCCUCCCCCCCCAGGCCAGGCUCAUCCCCCAUUCACCGAGAUACUCUAAACGGACUAUCAGCAGCCCUGCAUCACCCCCUCCUCCUCUGUCACCGCUCUCUUACUCGCAGUUCUUGCUUGCACUCCCACAUUGUUCCCUUCCCUCCUGCAGGCCCAUCCCCCAUUCACCGAGAUUCUCCACCUGGACUCCCAGCAGCUCCCAGCAGCCCCCUCCCCCCUUCCCCCCAUCCUUCUCCCCCCUGUUCCUCCAGGCCUGUCCCCCAUUCACCGACAUUCUCCAUCUGGACUCCCAGCAGCCCUGCAUCGCCCCUUACUCUGCCACUGCUGUCGUGCUGCGAGCUGAUGGACUCGUUGCCCUCUGGACCGGCAUCCAAUGGCCUGAUCACACGGUUCCCAUCUGCCCCGACACCGUCGGGGCUGUCCGCGUUUGCAAGUAUUGCGCCAUCGAGUUCAAGGGUGGUGCGUUUCGAUGCGCUCAGAACACAACCGUUCUUCGCUUCGCCGUGCCCCAAUCAUCCGCCUUCAGCAAUCCAGCCGUCACCAUUUUCCCUCAGAAGGUUGCUGCUGAUGGGGACUACGCCUACCGCCACGGCGGCACCAUCCCCCUCAUUCCCCUCCCACUCCACUUCUCUCCUCCCCCUUCCUGCGCCUUCCUGUCCCACUACCUCCUCCCCUGCCCUUCCUCCCCAACCAGUGCAAUCGCCAAGCCACAGCUCCAAAGGCCAGAGAAUGCCACCAUUCUCCGCCUCGUCGUCCCUUACACUGCGAGCGUUCUUAGCCCAUCCUUCACCAUCUUCCCUCAGAAGGUCGCAGCAGACGGGGCCUACGACUACCGUCACGGCGGCACCAUGUACUUCGGCUGGACUGCUGUCAACCCCACCCCCGGAGCUCCUAACGAAACCGUGCUUGUCGCCAACUUUACCACAAUGGGGGCCUUUGCUAUAACGGGUACAAGCGCCCUGGGGACCUCUGAAGCCGAGACUGUGGUUGAGCCACACUGCGCUGCCGUCAACACUCCCCCGUACUUUGUUCCCGGGCCUGUAGAGCAGAAACCCGGACCUGUUCCCUUGGCUUGGGCGAUGAACACCACGAUGAGACCCAUUGGCCCGGGAUAUGUAGCUGCAAGAAGCGUGGUGGUGUUUCCAAGGAGGAGGCAGAUGUGGAUCAGCUUUAUGUCGGCCUUUGGCAAGGACAUGAGUGCUUCUGCUGUGGUCGCUCGCCUUCGCUUGUCCUUGAGGCUCGAGCGCCAGUGGCGCCCGUUCCGGGUGUUUCUGGAGCGGUUCAAAGCGGUGGGGGUGGGCGGAGGGAACAGCCUCAUUCAGCCGAACAUCGCUCUCAACAGGCAAGGCGUGGGCAUCAUGGCAGCAUCACUGACAGGGCGUUCCUUCUACCCCUCAGCUGCCUAUGCCACUCUCAACGCCAAUGUGGAUGUCGGCCGCAUCAAUGUUGUUGGUGCGGGGAAAGCGCCUCUCGAUGACUACUUUGGGUACCUGAGUGACAGGAUGCUGUUUUCAAACUACAUGGCGGCAACAGUGGAUGAGGAGGGCAAUGCGUGGGCAGCAGUGCAGUAUGUGGCGGGGCAGCCGCGCACCGAGUGGAGCAACUGGGGCACCUUUGUGUUCAAAGUCACCCUGCACGAGGGGGAGGUGGGGGGUGGGGGGAAUGGGGGGGAUGGGGUGAACGGGGAUAAUGGUGGGAAUGGGGAUACCAGUGGGAAUGGGGAUGACGGGGGGAAUGGGGAUACCAGUGGGAAUGGGGAUGACGGGGGGAAUGGGGAUACCAGUGGGAAUGGGGAUGACGGGGGGAAUGGGGAUACCAGUGGGAAUGGGGAUGACGGGGGGAAUGGGGAUACCAGUGGGAAUGGGGAUGACGGGGGGAAUGGGGAUACCAGUGGGAAUGGGGAUGACGGGGGGAAUGGGGAUACCAGUGGGAAUGGGGAUGACGGGGGGAAUGGGGAUCAUGAGGGGAAGUAG